AUGCUGCGUCAGGCUACAUUUGUUCUCCCGAAAACAGGCCAACGCCUGAAAGGAGUCGUUAACCUCAGAAACCCCACCACAAUCUCGGACAAUAACGAGGAAAGGCGCGGGCUCCUCACAAAUGAGAUCCAACAUUAUGAGGGGUACCUCGACGCGCUCACGCGCCGUUUACGUGAUAACUGGACGCAGACAAAAAACUUCUUGAGAUCAGAACCGGGCAUUGGGGUCUUGAAAUACAGUCUUGCUUAUUUAGUCGGAUCUCUUGCAACCUUUAUCCCCGCAAUCUCGGCCAUGCUGGGCCAUCAGGAUGGGAAACACAUGGUGGCUACGGUCACGGUCUACUUCCACCCUGCCAGAUCUCAGGGUGCGAUGUUCAAGGCUUCGAUCUGUGCGUUCCUAGCGUUCUGCUAUUCUACUUUCUUGACAAUUACCAGCAUGUUCGUGGAGAUGUUUUUCCAAGAUACAUUGGAGUUGCCUGCCCUUGGACAUGCCGUAGUUCUGAUUGUAUUUUGUGGCGGUGGGCUUGGUUUUGUUGGUUGGACCAAGCAACGAUUGGGAGAUCCUUUGGUGAACGUUGCCUGUUCACUUACCGCUCUGUCAACAAUUACCCUUUUGACUAAGGAGGGUUCUGUGCAAAGCGGCGACUUGUCUCUUUCCAAGAUCUUCCAAGUCUUGAAGAUGGUUCUGAUGGGCGUGGUGGCCGUCAUGGCUGUAUCCUUUUUCGUCUUCCCCAUAUCAGCGCGUAAAAAGCUGCGCUCGAACCUAGUAAUGGUCACUGAUACAUUGGCUCUCAGGAUGGCACUCAUCACGGAAAGCUUCUUGAGUGGGACAGAGGAGGUCCUUGUCUCGACUGAAUUCGUUGAGGCAGAGGCGAAGCACCGCAAGGCUUAUAGCCAGCUCGACAGGCUCGUUCGAGAAGCUAAACUUGAGCAUUAUGUAGCAGGGACCGAGAGAGAGUACAGGCUCGAAAAGAACCUCGUUCGCUGGGUGCAAGAUAUUACCCAUAACAUGGGAGGGCUGCGUAAUGCUGCUUCUCUCCAGUUCAGUUUGAUUCGUGAGACUACCUGUGAGUCUGCCUCUCCGGAAGAUCAGCCGGAUGUCGCGACUCAUGUGGACUAUUUCACGCCCCUUGAGCGAUCCUGGUCAUUUCCCGAUGGGUCCUUUCUGGAGCCUAUUGUUGAGCGACCGGAGGAGGAGCUAUCUCCAGGCGGUUCCAUCAAACCUGGGAGUGCUGAAUCAACACCUAGACCCGCACUUCUUCCAGCAGAUGUCUUCACUGUUUUCAUCUCUCACCUAGGUCCUGCAAUGCGAUCUUUGGCCUUUACAUUGAAAGAAAUUUUCAAGGAGAUUCCAUUUGGGCCUGCGCCGAACUACAAAGUCUCAGUGAAUGGUCAACUGCGAAUCAGUCUUGACCGGGCGCUUGAUCUUUACAAAGAAUCGCGCGAGAAGACACUCGCAGCCUUGUAUCAGCAAGAGGAGACCAGGAAAUUGAAGACUCGCGAAGCUGAAGCCGAUCUUGAGGAAAUCACAGCCAGCUGUGGCCAUUUCAGCUUUUCCCUCCUUGAAUUUGGAGAGCAGCUCCGAGAGAUGCUUUCCAUCUUAGAUGAGCUGCAGUUGGAAGUCGAAGAACGGCCUCAUGGGCGAACCUGGUCAUGGCUCAAAUUCUGGCGGUGGUCGAGAAAUACAGAGAACGCUAAAAUGGACCCAUUUGAUGCUGCCGCUAAUGAGCAGGACCCCCCUGGGCAUGCUAGGCAUGCAUCAGAUGGCUUGAUUGCACAUGAUAGACUGCCAGUCAAUGUUCAAACACAUACAGCCCCCUCAGAAAAUGACACCACAACGCAAAGACUCGGUUACCGGCUAUGGAAAUGUCUGGGGUUCUUCCGACGAGAUGAUACAAAAUACGCGAUCAAGGUUGGGGCAGGAGCUGCCAUCUACGCGCUGCCUGCAUUCCUUCCUUCUACUCGCCCGUUCUAUGGGCGCUGGCGAGGAGAAUGGGGUCUGUUGUCAUACAUGCUGGUCUGCUCAAUGACAAUUGGAGCCUCAAAUACGACGGGGUAUGCCCGUUUUCUGGGUACUUGCUUGGGGGCAGUCGCUGCUAUUCUAGCAUGGAACAUCACCGCCGGAAAUGUGUUUGCUCUUGCAUUCUUGGGAUGGAUAAUGGCCGUCUGGACUGGAUAUAUCACUAUCGUUCGUGGAAACGGACCCAUGGGCCGGUUCAUCAUGCUUACUUACAACCUCUCCGUGCUGUAUGCCUAUUCCCUCUCUCAGAAGGCGGCAAACCUCGACGAAGAUGAAGGCGGUUCUAAUCCUAUAAUGACCGAAAUUGCACUUCACCGAGUUGUUGCUGUGUUGUCCGGAUGCAUUUGGGGGAUUAUCAUCACUCGAGUGAUUUGGCCCAUCAGCGCAAGACGUAGGCUCAAGGAGAGCCUGAGUCUUCUCUGGCUGCAUCUCAGUCUUGUCUGGAAACGCGAUCCCCUAUCUAUCAUGGCUAAAGGCCAAAAGUCUGUUUUAUACAUGACGCCCCGGGAGAAGCUUGAGAUUGAAAGAUUUUUAUCUCGGUUGGAGUCUCUUCAGGCUGCGGCAGGCUCCGAAUUUGAAUUGAAAAGUGCAUUCCCUGCAGCCUCUUAUGCCAACAUUGUUCACCGUACACGCAGCAUGGUGAACUCUUUCCACACUAUAAACAUCGAGCUAAUGAACAAUGAUGUGGCAACUGAAGGUGAAAUCAGCCUUCUUCAAUACACAAAACUAGAACGGCGACAGCUCUCUGCUCGCGUAAGCCAUCUACUUUCAGUGAUUGCUUCAUCAAUGAAACUCGAGUACCCUUUGAAUGAUGUGCUUCCUAGCGUUGAGCAUGCCAGAGACCGGUUGCUUGCUCGCAUCUAUCGUUAUCGCCUGGAUCGCGAAGCAUCUCAACAGACCACAGAUGAGGACUGUGCUUUGCUUUAUGCCUAUAUUUUGGUGACGGGACAAUUAUCGAAUGAGAUCACAGAGAUCAUUGCGGAGAUCGGAAAACUCUUUGGUGUAUUAAGUGAAGAUGUGUAUUCCCUGCCCUUCGGCGUCGACCGUCGCGCUCUCGCGAGUUCGGCAACCAUGCAGAUUGAUCCGGCGGCUCUGAGUCGGAAUGACUCUAUCUCAAAUCCAAAGGGCGCCGUGCCCAACGGCUCAGUAUCCGCGAAGACCUCCAGAGCUCUGAUAUCGGUGCCUCGGUUGGAGUUGGAGCAUGCCUACACGGAUCUGAAGGCCGCCAUAGGAGACAAGUGGGCCGAAUACAAAGAGUCCACGGCUCUUUUCUUACUGGUGAUUGCUAGAACUCCGCGGGGCCUGUUUCCCCCCUCCCUUCUGCCUCAGAUCGAUGACCUCCUGACCUCUUGCUUCCUCAUAGGACAUUACAACCAAAGCGAAUACUCAUCACACGUCGACUACUUCUUGUGCGCCGAUCCAAAAAACGAACAUCUACAUAAUAAUUUUGUUUGCGCGCUCAUCGGAAACCUCACACGAGACCUCCCCGAUCAUGGCGUCGCAAACUGGGUAUCGGCCAAUGAUAAACCAUCAACGGUAUCAAAACCCGUCUCCGGAGAUGCCGCGGAGCAAAGAUUGAAGACGGAAGUCAUGAAACUACCUCCGAGGGACCGUCGGCGCAUAAAGGGGAUCCCAGAGCGAGAUCCAAAUGAAACGGUCCCCACAGAGCUCGAAGAAAGCCAUCUAGCUAAACAAUUCAAAUUACCCAGUCAGGUUCCCGCAAGUGCAGGCGGGCUGAACAAAACUAACUGGGAACUGGAAAUCCGAAAACGCUAUGCCCAGCCCCUCGCCGCAGAAACAGGCGAAUUCCCCGAUGCUGAAUCCAUACAUGCCCGCAUGGUCCCCAUAUGUUACGAAGAAUCUCUACCUAGCGGUGCUGGGCUCCCCUGCGCUGAAUUCAUGGCAAUUGCGACUGAAACUUUCGUAAAGGAAGUUUUGUCCGCUGUGUUCUCGCGCACCCGUUCGAAUGGCCCCUCCGGUACAAUCAACAACAUGAUGAUGCGUCAGUACCGGCACCAACUGGAAGUCGAAGAGCUUGCAUACACACGUGGAGAAAUUGCUAAGGACGCCGCCACAGGCCUCCUUCCAGUUGAAGCAAGAGAGGCCAACAUUCGAAAACCAUUGGGCGUUAGAGACCUACGAUUAACUUUGGAGCUAGGCGGCGGUGUUCUCGGCCACAUGCCACUCAUCGUAGACCAAAUCAUGAACGGGUACUUCGAAGACGAACUCGAGACUGAAAGACACGAUCGAAUGGAAAAUGGCGUUGGUGAGCCGCAUCAAGAAAUCAAACCCGAAGACGAGAUGGACUUGGACGAAGAUGAAGACGAAGACGGUUCUCUAUUAGACUGGGAAGGCGGCACACUUGGCGAUCGAGAUCAGUUGAGCUCUUUGCUCGACGAGUGUCUUUCCAUGGCCACAUGA